GUCCCUUUUUAUAGUUGGUGUUAUAACAUAAUAUAGUCAGUCUUUAGCCGUAUUUCGUACCCUUCAUUCUGAAGAGUCGUUCGCCUGUGGUUGUGAUUCUACCAUACUGAAAGUGAUUUGCUUGUUCCUUUGUACAGAUAGUACUCUAAAGCCAGGCUAUUAUCGAAGUGCGUUCAGGGCUAAUAUAAUAAUAAUGCAAGGCUGAAAUUUCACCAUGGAGCGGUUUAAGAAAAUAGAAUAAUGUUUGUGAUAAAUGCUGAUUCGGUAGUGAGAUAGUUUAUAAUAGUUUUGUGCACCGAUAUGUACGAUAUGUAACGUUCAUGAAGUGUUAUGAAAUUCUAGUAGAAUAGUUAUCCGUCCAUAAAUUAGCAUAAAAUCAAUAAUUUUCGGUAGAAAUCCAAACCAAAAAGGACUAUCUUACAUCGGACUCGCAUGAAUUCAGUGAAAGAAUGUAAGGAAAAUGUCCCUGAAAAGUUGCUCAAUAGCUGAAUCAAUUUCAAGGACACCAAGAACUAACCAAUUUGCUGCAAUUCUAUGCAACGGCACCAACAGCUGGAGCGAAAAUUUUUACGACUCAGAGAGAAGCACCAAUUUUGUUGACACGUGCGCAAAUUUCAUAUGAUAAUGUAUUGUUACUACAUCGCCGGUAGAAGCCAUCAGUAUUAUGAAACUUCGUUCUAAGAAAUGUAGAGAGAUCCAACCAGGAAUCGUGUCCAGAUAAAAUCAAAAGUGUCGAGCUCUGGUGUCCAUAUCCACAACAGCACACAAUAAAGAAAACUCUUAUCGUUUCAUUCUCAUGAAGGAAGCAAUCCCAACGAUCGAAAUGUUUCUAACCAGGGUGCCAUACAUCGCUCUUCAUCGCUUGCAAGCCUGCGGAGCGUUGCAUGACAUUAACACUCGACUGUAAUAUUUCAAUAUUAUUACAGUGAAGCGCACUACAUGACGUUGUUUAUGUGCUCCCACUCUAGUAUUGUACACAGUAAAAAAAAUCAAAGUUAAAUUAAAUAAUCUAUCAUUUAAAAUUAAUAAAAUGGAUGAGAAAGAGAUUCGGUUUUUGCCGAAACCCAAAACCAGAGCAAAAAUUCCUAAAACGGGAUGUAUGCGAUCCAUUACAGAUCGAAUACCGGCCCGUUUGGUGCUAUAUUUUCUGUCCUGGUCAGGAUUUCUGGUUUCAUUCAUGAUGCGCAACGACAUCAAUUUUGCCCUGGUGGCAAUGGUGCGAGAUGGAAACUCAAACUCAUCGGUCAAUGAUCACUGUGUGCCCUCCAUGACGAACAAAGCCAACAGCAAUUUCUCAGCAUUGCUCAACAAUACAGAUGAUGACGCCCUGCUGCCGGAUGUGACAAGAGAAAUCGUCGGCGAAUUCGAUUGGGACUCCACUGUCCAAGCGGUCAUCAAAGGUUCGUUCUAUUGGUGCUACGUACUGUCACAGGUUGUUGGUGGUGUUGCCACUCAGUACUUUGGGACGAAGAACGUGUUUGGGUGGAGUCAGUUCCUAACGGCUGCCUGCAGCUUGUGCAUUCCAUAUGCAUCGGAUAUACACUACGGUGCGGUAGUUUUACUUCGGUCAAUUCAAGGAUUCGCCAGUGGAUUGACUUGGCCGGCGAUGUAUGCCAUUGUUGGUUAUUGGAUACCACCCGUUGAGCGAAGCAGAUUCAUGUCCAGCUUUCAAGGUUUUAGUAUAGGAAUUGGCUUGACGUAUCCGCUGUGCGGAUUCAUCAUCGCCUACUUUGGAUGGAGAUUAGUAUUUUACACCACGGGAACCAUCGGAAUGAUUUGGUGUAUCUUUUGGUACCUGUUAGCCUUCAAUACUCCACAGGAACACCCCCGAAUUACCCCGGAAGAACUGGAAUAUAUCGAGCUGAAUGUUAGCGAGGAUAUAAAGAAUGGGCAAGGAAUGAAGGUGCCUUGGAAAAAGAUUUUCACUUCGAUGCCAGUGUGGGCAAUUGGACUGACUACCUUCGGGCGCAUUUGGGUUCACUACACAUUCAUUAUGUCCGGUCCUGAAUACAUGCAAAAAAUCCUUUGCUUCGACAUCAAAGAAAACGGCUUGUUGAGCGGGACGCCUUUCCUGUGUUCCUACUUAUCCUCGGUGCUAUUUUGUUACAUUGCCGACUAUCUAAUGGAUAAACAACUGAUGACACUGACGAAUGUGCGUAAGCUAUUCACUGCUCUCUCACAAAUAGUACCUGGAAUACUUGUGAUGCUGGUUGGUUACCUAGGGUACAACAUUUUGGUUGUGCUCAUAUUGUGGUUUGUGGCAGUUACCUUCAUUACGGCAUCGUAUGCAGGCGCUAUGGCUAACAUCGUGGACAUCGCACCGAAUCUAGCUGGACCGGUGCUGGCCUUCGCCCAGACCAUACAUAUGACGGCGUCCUUUUUGCAACCACUGGUCAGUGGAGUCAUGGUAACCGAUGCGCAAAACAUCAACCAAUGGCUCCAUGUUUUCGGCGUAAGUUCGGUGGUUGCAGUAAGCAGUUAUUUGGUAUUCCAAAUCUUCGGAACGGCCGAGAUCCAACCCUGGAAUUACCCUCUACCCGACGCAGAAGUGGUAUCGACUGACGAUUCAGCCGUAAUUGCCAAUCAGCCGAUGCUGAAGGUGGGAAGAGCCGGAAAUGGCCUGAAGUUCGACGACGAAGAUGACGAUGAUGACAAUAACGAAAACAGCGAUAAUUAAAAUUGUUUAUAGAAACAGCGCCUCUUCAAGGUUACCCACUGAACGAAUCUGGGUUUCCAGGUACAUAGUGAAUUCGAUUCGAUGAUCAAUUUUGUAUAUAUUCCGGCUGAAAAUACUAUAUAUUUGUUUGAAGUUAGCUUAAAUAUAAAGUUUAAUGUUAAAAAGCAUACAGUGAUGAUAAACCAAUUCCAAUGACAGAUUCAAAUACACACUAACAACUUUAUGUUUACUUGUACAAGCACAGUUAGUAUUAAACAUUGAGUUUUUCCAAAUGGAAUGAAGGAAGAGGUGAGCCAUGUAUAUAAACAUGUAUAUUUACCAAACUAAAUAGAAAUACGGGCAUGAAAAAGUGAGAAAAAGAAAUAAACAACAGUGGAAAUUUUUACUAGAAUUGUUUACUGAAUAGCGACUUAGAUAAAAAAAGAUCUCACUUUGUUUUAAAUGUUAACACGAUACAACAUACUAAUUUAUUAUUUUGUGAGGCAAUUGUA